AUGCAUAAAAGACCUCCUGUUCCCAAAUUUCAUGAAGAAUGCAAUACUCCCAAAAGAAAUUAAGAUAUGUACGAAUUGAUUUCCGACAUUGUUUUCAAAAUGAAUCUCGAUGCAGAAGUAGAAAAAAAAUCAAUCUCCAUCUUUAAUGUUUUAUCAAUUCCCAAUACAUAUAUGCAUGCAUAAGCCAUAGUCUAUUAUGCUAUGAAAGAGUUACAAUAUAAAUUACCUUAAACUGAUGAAAAACUACAUUACUUGGCUAAAUGUAUUUAAUAACAACAUUCAACCUUGAUUACAACUCUAUGUCAAAAACUCAAAAUAGAUUCAAAAGCAACUACUGUUUGUCUUACUCUCUAAAGGUAAAUGUAGCCUCUCAUUUAAAAAUUACCUAAACCUGUUUAAAAUGCUAUCGUAGUAAAAAUAGCCACUGAUAUCAUAUAUCUAAAAUAAGGUGGGAUCAAUAUGAAGUUAAUUGCAAACUUAGCUAAUAUUACACCAGAACAAUUAAAUUCUAAUAUUAACAGAAUCAAACCAUUUGCUUACUAAAUCAUUUAAGAUCUGUUCAAUUAUUUUAAUCAUCAUUCUAUUUGA